AUGGCUCUGCUGUCUAAGAGGGAAAUCAUUGAAUCUAGGCCUAUUGGCGACGGAUUGAAUGCAUUCCGCGACGAGUUCGUAUCGACUUGCAGAAGUUCGGGACAAAUGACUGUAUCUAACCGUGAAUCUGCCCUUCAGAACCUUUGCAUCUGCCUAAUACUGGCAUUGAAGGCCCUUCCCGCUUCCCGCGCCUUGCCCCUUGUGGUUGGCGCCCACAAAAACCUAUUUAAUGAUUUAUCCAGGUUAAGCUCGAGUAUCAACUCCAAUGAAUUCAACCUCGAGCGACUUCUGCCCUUAUUAAUCGCGGCAUUCAACACCGCGGCGGAAACCACGCGCCCACCGUGCGUCGAGCAAACGCCGUAUUCCUGUUCUACAAGCAUGAUCUCGAAUUCGCAUGAACGCCGGGAUGACAUAGGCCCUGUGCUGAAGGAGGAACUAGGCUCAAUAUACACGGAUGUACUUGGAUUUGAGGAGGCCUUCUUUGGAGGAGUGAAAGAUCUGGAGAAAGCCGGCACUGCUAUCUUCCAUAGAUCCAUUGAGGGAGAUGAUCCUCUAUACAGGGAAACAGCUGGCUGGCGUGACUGGCCUCAAUCUGCAGAGGAAAAGCAGGCCCUGGAUUGGCUAGUCAAGAUGGUUUUGCCCCGAAAAAUCAACGCAAGGUUUUAG